UCUCUCCUCCAAUUUGAACACCCAAACAAAUGGAAACCAUCCACCGAUCCACACUUCGUCUCCUUCCCAUAUCUCUCUCUGCACUAUGCCUUACACGACCAACCACCUCGGAAUCCAAAAGAAUCCGACUACCCAUUUCUAUCCCCGGCAUUCUAAACCCGAAACCGGCCUUCUUAACGAGCCAGAAAAGUUACAGCUCAGCUCCUUCUCCAGUUGCCAAAGCUGGUUGGUUUCUGGGCCUCGGAGAGAAGAAGAACAAGAGCGUGAGCCUGCCCGAUAUAGUCAAAGCUGGAGACCCGGUUUUGCACGAACCGGCCCGAGAUGUUGAGCUCGGGGAUAUUGGGUCGGAGAGGAUUCAGAAGAUAAUUGAUGAUAUGGUGAAGGUGAUGAGGAAGGCUCCUGGGGUUGGUCUUGCUGCUCCACAGAUUGGAGUUCCCUUAAGGAUAAUAGUCUUGGAAGAUACAAAGGAAUAUAUUAGUUAUGCACCCAAGGAUGAGAUUAAAGUUCAAGAUAGACGGCCUUUCGAUCUUUUGGUGAUUAUUAACCCAAAGCUUCAAAAGAAGAGCAACAGGACUGCAGUAUUCUUUGAAGGCUGCUUAAGUGUUGAUGGAUUCAGAGCAGUGGUAGAAAGAUAUCUUGACGUUGAAGUUUCAGGUUUUGAUCGUAAUGGCGAGCCCAUCAAAAUAAAUGCUUCAGGUUGGCAGGCUCGUAUUUUGCAACAUGAGUGUGACCAUUUGGAAGGAACUAUUUAUGUUGAUAAGAUGCUCCCUAGAACAUUUAGAACAGUUGAAAACUUGGACUUGCCUCUUGCUGAGGGGUGUCCCAAGCUUGGAAGUCGCUAGCUUAUAGUAUGAAUAUGGACUUGGAUAAAACAAGAAUUGCAGAUAAAGGUGCCAUCUGAUUUAUGCAAUUGAUUCUGGUACUCCUGGUGCAAUUGACUGUUGGGGAUCAAUCUAAUACUUUAACAGCAAGUGUCAUUUUGCUUUCUGUUUUACAAAGCUCAAUUCCCAUCGGCUCAACAUUUUUGGUUUGGGAGUGACCUUAAUGGUUGUUUUAAGAUAUUCUUGUGUUUCUUUAUAAAUAGUGGAUACCCAUUACCUAUUCCAAUA